GUUUAGCGAGAAGGUGGGGAGUGGGGAGGAGAAGAGGGGUUUAGAGGGGCAGGCCCAGGGCUGCUCAGGACAGGAGGCCAGGCGGGGCAGGUGGAGUACUGGACCCGGGAAUGAAGAGCACUGCUGGACUCUGGAGGGGAGGAGACCCAGCAUAAGGGUGCCACCCAGGCCUGGCAGUGAAGGCCCAGGUCCAUCUGAAGGGGUCCAUGGGUAGGAUGGCGCCUCUGCCUCUGAGUCGUGCUGGGGUCUAUCUGGAGGGUCCACGGAUAGAUGGUGUCUCUGCUUCUGGAGUCAUGCUGGCUUCUCUGUCCCCAUCUUCGCCCCCAACAACCCACACCACAGGCUGCAGUGAGAGCUAGGAGAGCCACUGAACAGUUCAGGGGACAGUUCUAAACACUGAGUGGGGUGGACUGCCGCUCAUCCCCUUUUAAACUUCUUUACCCCGGCCCCUUAGUGGCUGGGGAGAUGCAGAGAGCCUGGCUUAGAUGCCCUCACCCCAGUUGUGCUCAUCUCAACUCCCGAGUCUGCUCCACAGUCUGCGCCCUCGCAGGUGGCCCUAGGCUCUCUUCCCAUGGCAUGCCUGCUGCCUGUCCCUGACACUGUCCUCCAGGUGGCUGUAGGUUGGGGUUCUCCCUGCUCCCAUUAGCACAAGCCGGCACAGGCUAUCUCUGAUCACUGGCAGAGCCCUGCAUGGCACUCCCUGGUCCUCUGGCUUCCACUGGACUUCAGGAGGAGCUGGGGUUGCUGCCCUUCAGGCCAGCAGUGAUGAGCUGUAGAGCAGCAACCAAGCUGGAGGCUCCAGAGCUGGUCCAAGCCAGCACUGAACCCAUGAAUGUGAGCAAGCAGGUCCUGUGUGGGGUCUCCAUGCAGACUCUGAGGCAGGUGGGGCAGCACCUGCCUGUGAAGGGAGGACAUGGGAAUGCCUCCUGAGUCCCCAUCAGGCACUUCGGUGGCCCAGGUGCUCCGACUCCUGCACCCUGAGCUGGCUGGGCCUUGCAGCCCCUGCCCUUGUCACCAGGAGAUGCUGAUGCAGGCCUGAGCCUGUCUCCCUGGGAGUCUAGGUAGUAACAUCUCCAGGCACUGCCAACUGCCCCCUUCCCUGCUCGGUCUGCAAGGGGAUGUCCAGGUGGACCCAGUGAGGGACUCAUCCUUGGCCUGGCAGCUUGUAGGAGGGCCCCUGAGCAUGUGCCUGCUGGCUUCUGGGAGGGAAGGGAGGCAGACAGGAGGCAGCCCUGUGGGGUUUUAUCGCUGCCCCAGCCACAGUGGCGGGUGGCCCAUGGGGCACUAAUCUCCCAGCCUCCACUGGGUGGGCUCUGCUUGGGGGCAGAGGCUACCUAGAUACCAGUCCUCAUGUAGCCUCAGAACCUGACACCCUGCCCAGAGUGUCAGUGCAUCUCACCAGUGAUGACCCACACCACCCUUUGCAUGGGUCCCCAGCCUGGGUCAUCUGGAGCCCCCAGGGGUGCCCUUAAGCUGGGGGCUGCAUCCAGCACCUUCCGCUCUCUCAAGCCAUCUCAGCUCUGCCAGUCAGUGAAUCAGUCUCCCACUGCACUUGUUCUGCUGAUUAGCUCUUCCCAGAUGGCCCUUCCUGAGCCCCGUGAGGCUGCUGUAAUGAAACACAGACUGGAGUUAGUCUGCACACGGUCAGGCCCCUGUGUCUGGUGAGGGUCCUCCUGCUUCACAGGUGAUGCCUUCUCACUGUCCGCAGGUGGGAGGCCCAACAGGGCCCUCUGGGGGCUUUCUCAUAGGUCAUGAAUCCCAUUCAUUAAGCUCCACCUCUGUGACCCUCCCGAGGGCCCCACCUCCUAAUGCCAUCACCUCAGGAAUGAGGAUUUUAAUAUGUAAAUGUUGGGGGGACAGAGACAUCCAGCCCACAGCAGCAUUUACCAUUUACACGCCCCUCAACAAACCCUCAGAUGUUGCUGUCCACUAGCCCAAUCAACGAUACAGAGGUAUCACUGCAGACGGAGUGAAUUGUUUAUUAAUUAAGGGAAGACUAUGGGCUCAGGCCCACAGCGAUUGUUCAUCUUUUUUCACUGUAUUGUAUAUUCAAACUCAUCAGAUAAGAAUAAGUAAGAAUAAAGAACAAAAGCACUAGUUGAGACUGCCAUAAAAAAUUUCUUCUCAGCAUAAAUGUUGCAAAGCACGUACACGUCAUUUCUAAUUCUGAAGCAUAUAACUUAAAGAUAAACUACAAGGACACCAGGCUGUCUGUUUCUGUUCACCCACCUCCCUAACAGGUUAAAUGAAACUUUUGUGUAACUUGAAGUUAGGGAAUGAAGAGUAACAAUUCAGCUCCAGACAGGUGCUAAAUCUCCAGCUAGGAGACUUGGCGACUUGGUGGGGACCUGAGGGAUUCCUUUCUCAAGGCCUUUUCAGCAAACAGGAAGGAAUUAACCCCCGAGUCUCACUUACGGCUGAGAAUGGAAUUUUCCCAUCUGAGGUUCUCACCACAAGGAGCACAUAGGAGACAAAGCCACCUUUCUGGGGUGCUGAAAACCGUGCCCCUUCCGUCAGAGUCCCCAGUGGGCUGUGCCCCUCCAAAGCAGGGCUGUCCUGAGGGGAAGAAAUGCUGCCACAGAUUCCUGGAGCUCUCCAGAACAUGUGAAGGCAGAGCCUGGCCUUUCCCUGGUGUCGCGGGCUAUGGCCAAAGCCAAGCCCAGACUGGGUCUGGCUGUCCUGUGGGCCUACCAAGCCCACCGCCUCCCAUGGUGGGAGGGGGUGAAGCGUGGCCCUGGCAGGGCCAGACAGGCAGGUCUGGGUGUGUACCAGCCCUCCCACAGACUUUGACCCCUGCCACCUGCAUGGAUCCCUUCCCAGUGUCACUUCCGGCUCCCAGCACAGCCGUCAGGGCUCCUUGGUGGGUGCUGUGUUCUGGUGUCUUCUCUCCCGCUUCCUCUAGGCUUGGGACAGAGCUUGUGGUGCCAGGACCAUGAAUGACACUUGCGGCUUGGGCACGCUGGCCUUGCCCCUGCCACUCGGGCAGUUCUUCUAUGUCUACCUGGGCACCCUGCUGGUGCUGGGCCUGCUGCUCAACGGCCUGGCACUCUGGGUGUUCUGCCACCGCAUGCGGCAGUGGACGGAGACCCGCGUCUACAUGACCAACCUGGCAGUGGCCGACCUCUGCCUGCUCUGCACCAUGCCCUUCGUGCUGUACUCCCUGAAGGACACGUCCGGCGACACACCACUGUGCCAGCUCUCCCAGGCCACCUACCUGGCCAACAGGUACAUGAGCAUCAGCCUGGUCACGGCCAUCGCUGUGGACCGCUACAUGGCCGUGCGGCACCCACUGCGCACCCGCGGCUUCCGCUCCCCGCGGCAGGCCGCAGCAGUGUGCGCGCUCCUCUGGGUCCUGGUCGUCACCUCCCUGGUGGCCCGCUGGGUCCUGGGGAUGCAGGAGGGUGGCUUCUGCUUUACAAACCGCUCCCGGCACAACAACAGCACUGUGGUGUUCUCACUGGUGGGCUUCUACCUGCCGCUGGCCGUGCUGGUCUUCUGCUCUCUGCAGGUGGUGACCGCCUUGGCCCAGAGGCCAGCCACCGACACGGGGCAGGCAGAGGCCACCUACAGGGCUGUGCGCAUGGUCUGGGCCAACCUGGCUGUGUUUGUGGUUUGCUUCCUGCCUCUACACGUGGUGCUGACAGUGUAUGUCGCCCUGGGCCUGGAGCCCUGUGCCACCCUCGAAUGCGCCCUCUUCAUCACAAGCAAACUCUCAGAUGCCAACUGCUGCCUGGAUGCCAUCUGCUACUACUACACGGCCAAGGAGUUCCAGGAGGCGUCUUCCCUGGCUGUGACCCCCAGCGCCAAGGCCCACAAGAGCCAGGACUCCCUGUUUGUGACCCUCUCAUAGGAGUGUGUGCUGAGGCAGCACCCCAACCCUUCUGCAUGAUUGGAGCAAGACAGCAGCCAUGUUCUGCCAGGGCUGACCUCACGGGCACAAGGCUGAAACAUCCCACAGGAUCCCAAGUAAAGAAGAGUCCAGGCUCAGGAGGCCCCUACUUUAAUUCUUUGCUGUCCUAAGCCUCUUGAUUUUUGAAAGAGGGGCUUACGUUCUCAUUUUGGUCUGGACCUGCAAGGGUUGAGACCCGUGGUCUGGGUCAUGGGCUGCUUAGAGCUUGUGCGCAGGGUACACAAACGGUUUGGUCUGGUGCAUCGGGUCCAUGGGGCUCUGGAGCCUCCAGGCCCCCAGGCUCCAGGCCACAUGUGCCUCUGCCAGGGCUUCUGGGGCAGCUGGAAACACUCCAAGGGCUGAGUCUCAUGGACAAGGGGUCAGGGGGUGGGUGCAUUUGGGGAGGGGCAGAGAGGCAGCAGCCCUGGGGUCUUUCCACUCUGUCCCAUCCUCUGUCCCCAGAGCUCCUGCCCCUUGACUAAGCCAGAUCCUUCUGGGACUUUGAUGACCUUCAGGGAGCAAAGUCUGACCACGGCCAGUCUGAGCUUGAAUCCUUCCCAUGUCAGGGUCCUAGGUCCACCCCCACCACUGCUCAGCCAUCCAGGCACUGGCUACCUGGUCUAGCCACACCUGCUCCCUCAGCCCAUGCCUGCCCACUGUCCACAGGGACUGAGGGAAACCAAAAACUGGCCUCCCAGGACCCUCCUGCUCAUGCAGCCCUCAUCGCAGGGCAUGUAGGCCUGACGCCACCCACCCACAAGGGGCUGGCCUCUACUCCCAGCGCUCAGACUCCCUCUGCCUAGAAGGACUCCUCAUGGGGGCCCCUGUCCCUCUCCCCUCCUCAGGUUCCCAAGCCCUCUGUCACCCUGCCCAUGAGUGACUCUCCCCAAGCCCUUGGUCUGCGGCAGUUGUGACCUGUGAUCAAGCAGUGCCCAGUGAAGCAGGUGUGGGGUGGACCUGCCCCUCUCCUCCCUCCAUUCUGCCCCACCCCCUGGGAGAGUGACCCUGCAUGUCCCCAGGAACAGGCAAAGACCACCUUCCCUUUAAAUAGGUCUGGCCCUGUGACUGGCCCCCAUCCAGUGAUUUCCCCAGUGCCUUUGCACAGGCAUGGUCCUCCAGACCCUGCCUCCUGCUCUGGAAACUCUUCCCUGCUCUCACCAAUACCUAGCCCUUUAUCUGUGUCCCUGCCUUUCACCACUCUGGCCCUGCCAGGGAGACAGAAGUCUGUGGAACACUUCCUACCAGAGGACAAGACUGCUGGGCUGGCCAACUGAGCUGGGGCUGAGUGCAGAUGUCCAGUCCUGUCCCUGGCUAGAUUUAGGGACCCAGAGAGACAGGUAGAACUGGGCUUGGUCCUACCCAGUGCUAGGGGACUGAGGAGAGGGGGCACCCAGAUGGCCAGUGUAGACCAGCGCUGGCAAAGAGCUUAUACAGAGAGGUUAACCGGAAAGGUGGAAGUAGCUUCCCACAGCCCUGGCUAAAGGGGAUUCUGAGGAUCCCUCACAGGCACAGCGACGAGGCUGCCUUCACAGGCAGGAGACCAGAACAGCAGGACAGCUGUGGGGGCCGCCACAGUGCUCUCCAAGCACCCACGGACCCUGAGGGUGCACAGAGUCCCCGCAGGUGUGUCUAGGGCUGGGGGUGGGCACAGGCACUCCCUCUCCUUCCUGCCCCUUCCUGGCUCCAGCAUGGCAACUAGACUUUUGCAAAAACCCUAAGAAAUACUGAGGGGACACCAGAGACAGAAGUGCGGAUGCUGUCAGCACGCCCAAGAAUGAGCUGUACAGCCCUGAGCACGACUCACAAGCUCUGCACACCCGCUCCUGGGCCUGCCUGGCCUCUCCCUCACAGGAGACCAAGCACAAACCUCCAGGGGGCUCGGGCAGCCUGGUGGUUCAUCACCACCAGCGUCACCAUUAAUCAGCAAGGAACGGGUGUCGAAGGAGAAGGUCUCGUUCUCAGGCUGCGUAAGCCAGGGUGCAGGUCUGGGAUAUGGGUUCCUUCUGUGGGAGUAAGCCUGGGAUGUUUUAUUGGGAAGGGGCCCACAGUCGCUCUGGGGAGGGUCUGCAGGAGGAACAGGUUGGCAAGGACCUGGCAACCCAAGCUCCUGGGGAACAGCCAGGGAGGCAGUGGCCACCAGCUGGAGGUGCAGUGCUGCCCAGGGGCUGAGCCUCAGCAGCCACUGCCCACCACCACAAGGCUGCAUCUGAUCGCAGAGGGGUUUGACAUAAAAUGUCGGUGGCUGGUGAUUUCCAAGCAGACGCUGAUGGUGUGGGUGGGAAGCCCUGUGUCACUCGAUUCUUGGUAUUCUGUAUGUUAUAUAUAUAUUUUCUCAACCCUGGAAGCUUUUGAGAUACUUUUUUUAUACAUAGAGCUCUGGAAUUUGACCAUGAUGUGCCUUGGUCUGUGUUUUCACUCAGUUACCGUUCAAGAAACCAGAGGCACUCUCCCUGCGUAGGACCGAGCCCAGUUCUACCCGUCUCUCCCUGCUACGGCACUCUCCUUGCUCCCUCCAGACCAUUUCCCGCGCCUGCCCGCCAUUCCUGGGGACUGCCAUGAGCCAGAGAUUGGACACCUGGGACUGACCUUCUAUUUUUCUCAUUUAUUUAUUUUUGUUUCCUAUUGUCUCUUUGAACUUUAUUCUGCCUUCUGGGUAUAUCUCCUUAUAUUUAUUGCCCAACAAUUUAAUUGAAUUUUAUUUCAGUGAUUAUUCAAGAGCUCUUUCUUGGUUUUGGUCUUUGCUUUUGAAAAAUAUCAUCGUGUUCUCACAAGAGGGUGGAUGAACCCUCUUUUCCAGUGUCUCUGAGGACAUCACUUAUGGCUGAAUUUUAUUUUAUUUUAUUGUAUGUUAUUUUUGAGAAACUGGUAUCAUCAUAGCUCACUGUAGCCUCAAACUCUUGGGCUCACGCCAUCCUCCUCCAGCCUUAGCCUCCCAAGUAGCUGGGAGUACACUAGUUUUUCUAUUUUUAAUUUUUAGUAGAGACGGGUUCUUGUUCUUACUCAGGCUGGUCUCAAACUCCUGAGCUGAAGGGAUGCUCCUGCCUCAGCCUCCAAAAAUGCUGGGAUUACAAGUGUGAGCUACCAUGCCCAGCCUGGCUUUUAUUUUAUUUUUUAAAACAACUCAUUGAGGUUUAACUGAUUAACACAUAAUACGUUCCACUUAAAAUGUGUGAUGGGUACAUUUUGAGAAAUGUCCAAGCUGAUGAAGCCAUCAACACUGCCAUUGUGUUCUGCCCCUUGUCACCCACCUCGUGGCCUUGAUAACUCUGUGUUUUCUAGAGUUCAUGUGGAUGGAGCCAUGAAAUGUGCUCUUGCUGUGCCCAGUACCUCUCCUUGGCCUGGGCACUCCAAAGCCCAUCAGCACUGCUGUGCUCGUGGCUCGCUCCUUCACACUACCAGGCAGGAUUCCACAGACAGCAGUUUUCGCCUCCCCCACGUUCCCUUCACUGUCCUGUCUCCUCUGACUCUCUCCUUCCGUUUGUUCUGACCUCUUCCUGCCUUCCUGCCCACCUUGCUGCAGCCUCUUGGCAGCCUCUGUGAUCUCCAGCCAUCCAGGUCUAGCAGGCCAGUGUGAGCUGUGGUCAGCCUGGGGCAGUCCCAACCAUAGGAGGCUCUUUUUGUCCUCUGCUGGGGUGUAAGCUUCGCUGUGGGUGGUCUGAGGGACAGUGGGUCUGGCAGGCUGAGCUGUGGUGCCCACCUUUGGUGAGCAGUUUCCUGGAUCUCCUAUUCUCAGUCGGGACCCAAUGACACCUGCCUUCCUGCCUGGUGCCCCUGGGUUGGUCUGCAGACUCGGUGGAGUGUUCUUGAAGAAUACACCUCCUUCUGUGGGGUGGGUGCCUCUGAGCAGGAAGAAGAUAUUUUCCCAAGUAGACAGGGAGUGAGACAUCGGGUGCUUGGAAACACUGCAGGGCCUGGGGAAGUGGAUACCAGUGGAUGUGGGGUGGUCAGCCUCCAGGUCAGCUGAGGAAGGAUAGGCACAGGGUGCAGACCCCAUACUCACUUCAGGAGAUAGCUACCAUGCAGGGUCCCCCAAAGUGGCCACCUAGACAAUGAUGGCCCUAGGUCUGACCCCUCUAAACCCUGACAUCAGUGUCCCACCCAGCCUGGAAAGAAUGACCUCUGCCUCCCCUCUGAGUCCUGGGCCCUGGCAGUGAGAGUGUCCAAGACAUGGCAGGUGGAGGGUGCUGGCUGGGGAGCGGGUGACCUGUUUCCCAAUCCCAUCCUGCACCCACUGGGCAUCCCUCAGAGAGGGUGAGUGGGGACCAGGGCAGAGAUUGCCUCAUAGGGCUCUCUCCUCUGCCCCAGGACAGAGGUGGAGAAACAGAGGGUCAGCCUGGGUCCCCCUCAAGUGCCAGGCCCUCACCUUCUCCUGCAGACCAGGAGACCCAAAGCUGGACUAGGGACCCGUUCUGGGAGCUCAGAGAGGCCCUGAGGGUGGCAGGGGGUUCUAGGUUCUUGGGGAGGGACUAUGGGCCCGCCACACCUAUUGGGAAGC